AUGCAUUUAAUAUCAGGAGUAGACUACCUUCCCUUUGCAUAUAAGCAUUCUUUCUAUCGCCAGGUUAAGAAAACACCACCAGAGUCCACGAGCUCAGCGUAUAUUAUCGGGGGGGAUCCAGUCGCGCGAGUGGCGCACCUUGAGCACAGCGUGCGAUUCCUUCAGGAACAGCACCGGUUGAUGCUGAGCGGCCUUCACACCGAGAUUGAAGCUUUAAGGGAGAGGAAUAGAGACUUACAAUUUCAACUGAUAUUCAACAAGGAGUCUACACCGAAAGUAACGUCGCAACCGAUUGAUGAAAAUGUUGAGACUGAGGAAACACGUCUGAAACGAGAAGUGGCUCGCCUGGAGCGGGAGGCGAGCGCCGCACGGGGUGAGGCGCGCGCCGCCGAGGCAAGAGCCCUUCAGUUGCAGACACUCGUGGAUGCGCAGACUGAAAAGCUCCGGCUGGUGGAGCUGAAGGAGGAGGCCCGCGCGGCGGAGGGCGCGGAGGGAGGCGCGGAGGGCGCGUCGCGCGGCGAGCUGCGCGCGCGGCUGGGCGAGGCGGAGCGGCUCGUGCGCCGCCUGCGCGCCGACGCGGAGCGCCAGCGGCGAGAGGUACUGGCGCCCUCGUCCGGCGCCGUCACUAACCUACUGUUUGACGGAGCCGCCGCGCGCCACGCACACUGUAUGAAGAAUUCUCUGCACGCUAGCCUAAGGGCCAGCGGGCUGGAUGGCUACGGAUACCAGAACAAUUACCAUUUCCCGCCUGUACAUACUCCCGACUUUUGGCGAGAACCACUCAGAGACGACUUUAACAUCGUGGCUUCCCGAGGGCGAAGCACACGGAGACCAUUGACGUUACCUGAGCUGUCCGGACAACCCAUACACCGAUCUACCAUAUACGCCAAUAAAUUCGCAGAAAACGUACGGCCGCGAGCCAACGGAUACGAGAAGAAUAAAAAAGCCCAACCUACGAAUAGCGAAGUAAUACACAAUACGACCGCCAAGAGUCAUGAAGAAGCUACAGAACGGAGAAUUAGGCCUACGGUCGAAUUACCGAACGCAUCGGACGAUUACAAAACGAAUUCAAUUUAUCCCGAGUUAAAAUUUGUGGUCACUAGAUUAAUUACAGACGGUCAGGUGAGCAACGGUCAGUCGAGCGAGAGCAUGUCUCGCGCGCGGGCGCGGCGCGGGCACAAGCACGCGGCCGGCGCCGACCACACGUAA